UUCUGUUCAAACUGUUUCCUCUCAUUUCAUUUUGUUCUAUGUAGACUAAUUACAUCAGCAUCAGAUAGAUAUUGGGUGAUGGAAUGCCCUUGCAUCAUUAGACUUGUUUCACUUCUGCUCUUCAACCCUGCAAAGAAACAUCUGGUGGUUUAGAAAGAUGGACUUUUGAACAUAUUUUAUCAUAAGAUGGUUAAUUUAUAUUCAUGAAAUUACAGACUUAAAUUUUAAAACCAGCUAAAAGACUUGAGGCAUUAUUUCAAGUUAUUAUAGGAAAUAUUAAUAGAAAGAGACUAGCAUGGAAAGAUUUUUUACACCAGUGCUUGCUUCCUCUGAGGAUGAGGUCAAAAUUCAUAAACACUACCAACCCGUAUCUCAUCAACAUCCUCACAACUACCUUUACCACCAUGGAUCACACAGUCACAGCUCUUCAAGCAGUCAUGAGAAACACGGUGACCAUCACCAUGACAACCAGCAUCAUCCUGAUCAUCACAGAUACACCAAAGUGGCUGGAGACCAUCACGGCUUCACUAAAACAUCUUCUUCCAGCCUGUCUUCCUCCUCUUCCCCUACUUCAUCUGCCUCCUGGACGUCAGAGCCCAGCGUAGAUGACGAAACGUAUCUCAUGUACAAUAAACGCCAACAUUCACUGUCCUGCUCCAACAUUCGUGAGGAUUUUGCUUUUGAUGACAGAGAGCCAUUACACCCUCAAAAUCAGCAGCAGCGGCACAGUCUAGAAAACUCUGGCCAACUCAUCCCUAGUUCUCAACAUGGACACAGGGCACCAAAACUCUACCGGGAUCACAGCAAAAGCGAAGAAGGCAUCCAGCAAAAUAGGCGCAGAAAGUCUAAUCCAAUGGAGCAUGAAACCCUGUACAAGACCGCAAGCCUUGCUUUUGGUGAAAACACUCUAGGAGGCAAAGGGGCACCUAAAAAGGCUGUAUCAUCUAUUCAGCUGCCCAGCAAAAGUAUUCUUAAAAACAAAGAUGAACGACAGAAUAAAAGUCCUGUCAGGAAGUCUAAGUCAAUGGAAGCGCUCUCCACCACAGUGCAUGUUACGCAGACAUCCAAGCAGAGCUCCACUGCAAAAGCAAGAAAUAAUGACGUAAAAGGGAAGAUUCAGUUCUCUGCGUUUUUGGAUGAGAUCACCAGACAGGUUAUCAGUCCAUCCAUACUUAGCUCUCUUGGUGUAACCGCACCAACCCCUCCAAAAUCUCCCAAUGAAGAACCCAAGCAGUGCGCCGACAAGCCGAAGCGCAAGAACUCUGCACCAUUACCAAAACAGCAGCUCGUCAGAGCCGAGAGACCCGAUUUAGGAAAGACUGCUGUCGAUUCCAGCACAGGUCCUCGAUCACAUAAGAAACCUUACUUGUGCAAACAGCACCAGAGCUUUACAGAUCCUCCGACCCCACCACCCCGGCGCCUGUCUAAAGCUGAAAGACGUGCCACCUCAGAUAAACAGCAUUAUAGGCAAUAUUCUCAGCUGCUCACUGAUGGUACCAGCACCAGCCCGGAGCCGAACCGAAACCAACUCUUAAAACACAAACCACGGCAUCAAAGUAGUCAAGGCCCAGCACGGCAUCUACAUAGUAAGCAGGAGCACAAGGACUCAUCUCUUCCUCUUCUUCCAUCCCCAGGUCAAGGGUCAUCGACAAGUGCCAGCUCAGAUAAAAGUGACAAACACAUGGGCCACAGAAAGCACUUCAGAACACACAGGGAUUCGACCAGUGCUGUGGACACAGUUCAGGUGCUGGAGGAGUACAACAGAGAGCUGCACGAAAAUCUGUUGCAGAUGGUGUCAUGCAUCGAGAACAUGGAAGCAGAAUUGCACUGUACCAAAACAGAGCUUGCCAACUUCAAAGAGAAAUACAGAAGGCUUCAGGAGAGCUAUUCUGUUUCUCAGCAGUCAAACGGCAUUCUGGAGCAAAAACUAAAAUCCAUGGUGGACAGUUUGGAUUCAGAAAGGAAGUUCCUCAUGGAGAGAGUUGUAGAUUUGAGUGAUCAGCUGGAUGCUGCUCAGAAGACCAUCAGCUCUCUUGAAAACAUCAAUGUUCCCUCAUUGUUUAGAGAGCUCUUGAGAAAGCCAUUUGACUCCCGUGAAGCACUGGAAAACUUUUUGGAUCCUCAAACAAUUCUUUCCCGUUGUGAAACUGACCAAUCAGAGAGAGCUCAAGAGUUCAAAGGCAGACAAUUAUCUUCUGACAAGAUGGAAGAAAGAGUGUUCGGAUGCUCAGAUUCCAGCCAACAGCUUUCAGCAGCCUUUUUGCUUAGGAAACAUGAUCACGAUCCGUGGACUGUACCAGAACCGCUUAAGGUUAAAGCAAAUUAUUCACAACACUGUUUGUCUGUUGCGGAUGGUGUGUCUAUCUACAAAGCAGAGCUGCACAGUGUUGCCAUGCCAACCAACAGCUGUGAUGAUGAUCUCCCAAAUCCACAUAACCUAAAACAGACGGUGCCCAAAAGACAAACAGGUGGAGAUUUCAGAGAAGUGGGUCCUCCUGUCACAGCAAGGAAAGAUCAUACAAUGCUAGAAAUCGUUUGGAGCUCAGCACAUGAAGGAAAGGAAAAAGAUAUGGUGGCCAGUGAACUACCAGAAGGAAAACAGUGACAAUGAGGUUCCUGUUUGUAGUAACCUAGUAAAUGGCACAAUUGCGUGAACGUAAUUUCAUGUCAGUAUUUCCCAAAACUGGUCUAACCUAUAUUGAGGACCCAGAUAACAGUUGUGAAAUCUCCUAGAUGACAUACGUUUUUAGAUAUUUGAGGCUUUGUUGUUUGCUUAUAAGUGCAUGUGAUUUUGUGACUGACAGUUUAGUAUCUGCUUUUCUUUGUAGUCGAGUACUUCUGUAAAAAACCCAUAUCUGUGUGAAAUAAAUAUUAUUAUACAUGUGUGCCCCAAUGAAUGUGUCAUAUAAUCUUGACUACUUUAUUUUUGGGAAAAUAUAUUAAUUUAAAUUAAAUAUAUUAAUAAAGUUAAUUUAAAGAUUCACAUUUGGGAAUAUUUUAUAUCCAUUUUAUUCACUUGACAUCAGUGUCAGAAAUUUAUUUUUUAUUUAAACAAU